AUGGAGAAAAGAGGGGAUGUAGCUCUAUGUUGUUUGGCUUUGUUCUUCUUUUGGACUUCAGUGGCUGGUUUGCUUUCUCCUAAAGGUGUCAACUCUGAAGUUCAAGCUCUGAUGAGCAUUAAGAACGCUCUGGUGGAUCCAUAUUCUGUCUUGGGUAACUGGGAUGGUGAUGCUGUAGAUCCUUGCAACUGGGCUAUGGUCACAUGUUCUUCUGAUCAUCUUGUCACUGCCCUGCUUCUGCAGGAUAAUAAUAUAACAGGACCAAUCCCCUAUGAGAUUGGAAGGCUCCAAAAGCUUCAAACUCUUGAUCUUUCUGACAAUGUAUUCACUGGUCAACUUCCAGAUUCUCUGCCCACAUGA